GAACUGAAGGGUUCUCCUGCACUUCACUUCACUUCACAUGUUCAUCUGCACACGCACACACACGCUUUUCAAGACUCACCGUGAUCGUGUCUCUCGUGUGUUUCUGCAAUCUGAAGGAUUUGCCUUUUUCAUUCCUCUGAAUAUAUAUGGAUAUAAUGUUCAACUGGGACCGAGAGAUGCACAAGUCCUCUUAACCACAGCAGUGAUACAAUGGGGAAACUUCAGUCGAAACAUGCUUGCAAACGUCGGGAAAAUCCUGAGGGGGACAGUUUUGUUGCGAACAGCAUUACUUCUAGAAGAGGAGUUGACGAAGGCGAAAGAUAUGACACCGGUCUGAAAGAUUAUAAGGAGCUGAAGAAUGGACAUCGCUGCCCUCUAGAGGUGUCUCUGCCUCCAGAAAAGGCUGAAGGACGUGAGAGUUUUCUGUCGUCUGAAGACGGAGAGAGAGAAGCGCUGAAGGAAACCUGCAAAGGAAAGAAACGCAUCAGUCUCGAUGAUCUGGAGUGUAACGUGUCUCUGGUUGAUGAGAACAGGCAGGAGUGGGUCUUCACGCUCUACGACUUCGACAACAGCGGAAGAGUCACAAAAGAGGACAUGUCCAGUUUGAUGCACACUAUCUAUGACGUGGUGGACACCUCGGUCAAUCACUCGAGUCACAGCAAACAGAAGACGCUCCGAGUGAAGCUGACGGUGACUCCUGAACACAGAGCUCACCGGAGAGACACCACACACACCACGACCGACAAUCGCUUGAGUCGCAUCGAGCCGGUUCACGCAGAGGACACACACAUCAGAGGUCAGAAUCACUACUGUGUGGACGAGAACACAGAGAGACGAAACCAUUACCUGGAUCUGGCCGGGAUAGAGAACUACAGCUCCAGAUUCGACAGUUCCUCUCCUCCUGGGGUCCAGCAAGAGCAGCCGUCACAGUCUUCACACGAUCAGAGCCAUUCUCGUUCCCAUGAGCCCGAGACACACGCUCAUCAGCGGCGGUCUCAGGUCCUCUCUGACCCCUGCGUGACCCCGGAUCCCCGCGUGCGAGGCGGACCCCAAUCCAUCAGAUCCCCCAAGGGCCCUUCCAGAGGCGGCCAGUCUGUGGCCAGAACCAGCAAGUGCCACAGCUUCUAUCCAGCGGAUGUGUACCAUCUCUCCCAGCAGAGCCAUCUCCAGCCCUCCACGGGUCUCCAGCACAGCCACAGCAAGAGAUCGAGAGCCAGAGCCAGAGAACAGGCGCUGUCGCCCUCCAAACACACCCAAACACAGCAGCCCUCGCCCGUCAGCGAACACAGCGUUCAGCGACACGAACACCAUCACCAUCACGAACACCAUCAUCAUCACCACUACCACCACUACCAUCAGACGUGAUGCUUUUUAGCAAUAGCCAAACAUUGUGGAUUUUUCUUUUAUGCCAAAAAUCAUUAAGAAGAUAUUUUUGUAAAUUCCGUAUUGUAAAUAUAUCAAAACUUUGCAAAAGCAUUGCUAAGAACUUAAUUUGAACAACUUUAAAGAUGAUUUUCUCCGUAUUUAGAUUUUUGUGGUCCAGGGUCACAAAUCGACUGAUGCGUCGAUUCUGAGAUUUUCCGAAUGCAUCCUGAGAUUCUCUCUGGAAUCUAUUCUGAGCACAGUUUUUAACAGCAGAUGGCGCUCUACUCUAGUUUUUAUCUGCACAAUCAAAUGCUCAUGAAGAAGAACGCUUGUGGGUUCGACAAGAAUUUCACAUCGUCUCAGAAUGCUUUUAUCACGCGAGAUUAAUAUAAACCCACUGUGUUUACAUUCGCUUCAACCUUUUCGAAUUGUAUGAAUGAUUAUUUUAGGUUUGAAUGUGUGUAAGGAUUUGUAAACGAGCAGAGUAUGUCUGUUUCUAAAGCAUGCAGCGCCAUCUGCUGUUCAAAACUGAAAAGACUCAAGAGAGAAUCGCGAUGCAUUCAGAAAAUCGAUGCACGAAUCAAUUUAACAUCGCACACCUAACGAUUAAUCGUUAAAAGAUAGAAAUCUCGAUUCAAACUCACACGCAACGAUAAAUCUUUGAAAAUGUCAUAAUGGAACAUUCAAAUCUGCAUUCGACACAGAAAGCAUGCAUAUCUAUCCGUUUUACAAACGUCUUUUUAAACACAAAGAAUUAUUUUCUUGUCUUAAAGUCACGCAUGUUAACACAGAAAUACUGGGAUGAAACUUUAUAGCUCGGAUAUAAACAUUGAUGUCUAUAGUUGCAAUCAAAAUCACCUUUAAAUAACAUUUGUGUCGAUUACAGUGUUCCUCCAGUAGGUGGCGACAAGUUUAUCAAGUGUGUUGGAAUGAUUUGAUCAACCAACAGCAUGAAACAUGAUUUUAAAAAGAGCAAAAUUAUAUUGAGGACGCUAGAAUAUAAAUAUAAAUCAAUUAUCAUUAAAAACACACACACACUCAUUUGCAGUCAAAGUUUUGGCAUAAUUAAUUUUUUUAAUGUUUUUGAAAGAAGCCUCUUCUCCUCACCAAGGCUGCAUUUAUUUGAUACGGUAAAAACGGUAAUAUUGUGAAAUAUUAUUACCAUUUAAAAUAGCUAUUUACUAUUGUAAUAUAUUGUAAAAUUUAAUUUAUUUCUGUGAUCAAAGCUGAAUUUUUAGCAUCAUUUCAUAUAUAUUAUACCAGGCUUUUCCUUGGUAGCUUAUACAUACAUAUUUAAUUUGAAACAUUUCAAUUAGAGACCCAGAAAAAAAAAACAGCAAUCAAACCAAUUGCAAUAAAGAAAACUAAUGUGAUUUCCAUCUGUAAGAUUUUAUCCAGUAUAUUCAGUCAUGUAUGAAUGGGGUCAUUAAAUAUACUGCAUAGAAGGAACGACCCCAUAAUAUUUAAAAUGACCAUAUCGUGUAAUUUAGAUCAGAUUAGCCCCUCAAAUGUGGUUUUGUGGGACGGCGUCUCUUCAAGUAUUUUUUCUCAGGUGAACAGUGCUGCUCUGUAGCUUUUCUGAAAAAAGUGCCAUGGACUGAACGAGGAAAUAUCACCACUGUUUGAAUGCUAAAAUAUCCUUUAUGUUUAAAAAUAAAAACUAUUUGAAUAUAAA